CGUCGGUGUGUGUUUCGUGACUGGCUGGCUGGCUACAUUUGAGUUGGGUAGGUGUGCGGGGAUUCCGCGCCACAUUUACUCAUGAAAACAAACACACAGCGAUCAAAACUUCACGGCACCAAUUACUCACAAAGCUUACGCUGAUACUUAGAGACAGAAGACACUAUGACCAUUUUGCGACUGGUGGUUAGAACAGCUCGGAAUCGGAAUUGGCGGUCAAUCUCCACUCCUUCCCAAACCCUAAACCCUCUUCCUCGUGCUCGCUCACGGGCUUUUGAGCAUCAAUUUCAUUCCAGUGCAUCUGAAAUUCAGGUGCCCAACCCGAAUGGUUCUGGACGAAAUCUUAUGUUUCCAGCUGUGUUGGCUGGUUUGCUUGGAGUUGGAGUUGGAGGGAUAGAGGUGGCUUAUGCAGAUGCGGCGGAGGAGGAUAUUUCCAAGCCCUCUUCGCCAGCUGAGUCUCCUACAACUGAAAGUCAUGUGGACCUGGAGGAAAUUGCCAAGAAACAACGACAGAAAAUUGAAGACUUGCUGAAAAGUAAAGGAAUUCGACGUGGUUCUUAUCCCCAGUUUACUGUUGCUGUGAAGGGACAAAAGGUUUCCAUCAAGUUCCAAAUUCCUCCAGCAUGUGAAGCUUCACAACUGAUUGCAAAUAUUGCUUCGCAUCUUGGACUAAAGGUAGAAGAACAUGGUGGUGGUUCAGAUAUGUCGUUACGUGCUUGGGACAGUGGAGUUGCUUGGCAACUAAUGCUAACUCACCCAGAAAAAAAGGAGGAAACUGGAAGUGAUAGAGGGGAAUUAAAAGAUGUGAAUAAACAUGAAGGAGAUCUGCGCAUCCUUGUAUUCCGCUCAGUAAUUACUCCCUCAGAUAAAGCUGACAUUGAAUUUAUGAAGGAGGGGAGCUUGAGUCCCAAAGAGCUUGAUGCUUUGGUGGCUGCUUUACAAUUAGCUGGGACAAAGUCAGGGCAAAACAGUACGUUGGAAAGAAGACCAAGAGAAGAUACCACACAAGUGCCAUCUUCAGAGAAAUUAAUAGCCAGUCUUGAGUCUAUGGGAGUGAGAAUUUAUGGAAUUAAUGAACCCCAUGUGAGUUCCUCUAGCAAAGAUAUUUCGUGGGACAAUAUUGCUGGAUAUGAUCAGCAAAAACGGGAUAUAGAAGACACUAUACUGUUGGCUCUGCUUAGUCCUAAAACAUAUGAUGAUAUUGCCCGUGGGACUCGUUGUAAAUUUGAGUCAAAUAGACCUCGAGCUGUACUGUUUGAAGGUCCACCAGGUACGGGAAAGACAUCUUCUGCUCGUGUCAUUGCUAAUCAAGCGGGCGUCCCAUUGCUAUAUGUGCCUCUUGAGGUUAUCUUGUCCAAGUACUAUGGUGAGAGUGAACGACUAUUAGGAAGAGUCUUUUCACUUGCAAAUCAACUCCCUGAUGGUGCUAUCAUUUUUCUGGAUGAGGUUGAUUCUUUUGCUAUUUCGCGUGAUAGUGACAUGCACGAAGCUACACGGAGAGUCUUAUCAGUUUUACUGCGACAGAUUGAUGGAUUUGAACAAGAUAAGAAAGUGGUUGUAAUUGCUGCAACAAAUAGAAAGCAAGACCUCGAUCCGGCCAUGAUUAGCCGGUUUGAUUCAAUCAUUACGUUCGACCUCCCUGAUCAGCGAAAUCGUAAGGAAAUAGCAGCUCAGUAUGCAAAGCACCUGACUGAAUCUGAAUUGGAUGAAUUGGCAACAGCGACAGAGGGAAUGUCUGGAAGGGAUAUUAGAGACGUGUGUCAACAAGCUGAGCGGUCGUGGGCAUCAAAGAUAAUCCGUGGACAAAUAUCCAAAGAUGGAGGAGAGCAAGGCAGCAUUCUUCUUCCGCCUCUGCAGCAUUACUUAGACAGUGCUCUGAAUCGACUCAAGGGUCUACUCACUUCCGCACAAGGAAAACCCCAAAGUUCUGAGUCUGGCACGAAGAAGCCCAAGCUUUUAGUUGAUUAAAAGUUCCUACAUCCCAUGCCCUUUUUGGUAGUUCCUUAUUUAUAUGAUGUCUAAUUAUCAGAGGUUUUCUUAAACAGCAGCAGUAGAUAUGGUCAAAAUCCAAAAUUUUAUAUAAUCAAAGUAGAAGUGAUCAA